GGUCAAUGAGUUACACCGUUAAUAGGUGGUGACCCUCAACAACCACUGAUUCCACACCUGCCUACUACCACCAUUUCCAACAACACCGCACUGUAAACAGAGAAUUACUGUCUCUUUUUCAUCUUCACGGUAUUUUAAUAUUUUUUUAAUUUACCCAUUCCUGUUUAAGAGUGGUAUUCCUUUGUUUUAUUUUUUUUAUUUAUCACGGUCGUUUACGGAUCUAGACACAAUCAACGGUAUUCAAAGUUGUUCGAUUUUUUAUUGUAACUGUUAUAUCUAAUUCAGAAGCGUCAUCUAUUCCUUCAGAAACGAUCAAGAAAAUACUGGCUUCCUUUGACUGGUGUGGGUACAGAUUCCGUUUAAUUGCUGUUGAGCUCAGCGAACUAUAUAAAAGGCCUAAUAUAUAAUACAAGCUCCCGUUUUUAGACUCUUUAUUCUCAAUGUCCAAUUCGUUCCCUCCUACUGACUCACAUCCUCACCUUUCUUCCGACGAACAGCCUCCCAUGAUCCGCAGUUCUGCUGACCCCUCUUCAAAAGGAACAGAUCUUCCCGAUGUUACGUCCGACGCGUUUCCUUCAGUAGAAUCAUCAUUCUUAGACAACACAAACACAAACACUGAACCCGCCGAGGAACCUGUUGCUGAGACUCGCAAACUUUCUUCUGAUCCUACUAGUGCUGUAGCGCGGGAAAUCCAAUCCAAGCUAUCUAUAUCAAAACCACAUUCUUUAGAUGAACCCAUGGAAGCUCCGUCAACACAUCCUGACAAUGAAUCCACUCAUUAUCAGGAAGAAGAUUCCCAAGACUAUGCGGAUGCUGACUCUGAGUCUUCUUUUGCUGAAGCAUCUGAGCAUUUGAAAGAUGUAAAAAACUCAGAAGAAGAAAAGAAUGAAGAUACAGAUCCUGAGUUAUCACGUCGUAUCGCUCUACGCGAACGUAUGGCGAAAAUGAGCGGCGGUCUUGGUAUGCAAGCUUUUGGUUUACCAGGAAUGGCUCCCCCUCCCCAGUUGAAGUCAUUGAAAAAGAGCCCGGGACCAGAAACAGAGCAGGAACGUCAACCUAUCGACAGUUUUACAAAGCCCGAUUCUAGUCAGACCAAACAAGAGUCUGAGUCUGCUUUACCUUUAGAAAACCAAGAACAUGAGCAUGAGCAUGAGCGCCAACCUUUCACUAAUCAAACAUACCCAGACUCAAGUUUUAACAAAUCUCAAGAGUCUGCUGUUCCUUGGGGAAAAUCUACUACACCUGACCAAGGUUAUCCAGAACCUUCUACCUACAAGGAAGAUUACUCUGAGCCAAAGAUGAAUGACAACAUUUCAAACAGUUCUCAGAAUACUGCUCUUCCUGGCUCAGUGGAACAUAUUUCAGAUUCCGAGAAUGUAGAGAGGCAAGAGAAAAAAGAACAAACGUCUCCUCCUUCCAUUAUCACUGAUUUUAACCACCAAAGGAAUCCUCAGACAGAAGAGGUAUUGCCCUUUUCACAGACUCCCGUUAUUGCACGUCUUAAACCACCUCAUGCCAAUAACUCUUCUACUUCUUCAGUUGAUCCUGCUCAUGCCGUUCGUAAAGUUAUCGAUUCCAUUGAUCCUCCAAAGGAUACAGUGGGUGGAACCGCUGCAGACGUUGAGUCUGCCGCAAAUUCACCGAUUUCACCUCCUCGAUCAUUGAACAGUCGUGAGCAAUCACCUGAUUGGAACCAUUCUUCCAACAAUAAUGACUUUGCAGAGAGGAGAUUGCCCAGUCGUAUCACGGAAGUCUCAGAAUCUCAGGUUUCGGAUAUGGAAAGAGCACCAUCUCAACGUUCUACUCACCGCCCUUCUCUUUCAACAUUUCCAUCUAUAAAGUUUAACAAAAUGCAGACUCUUGCCAAUUUUAACGACGAAUUAGAUGAUUUGCCUGCAGUUCCUCGUAUAUUUAGCCCCCCGCCUUUACCCAAAACUCCUUCUGGUGAGUUUGGUGAUAGCGAAUUCAUUCAGCCAAAGAGACAGUUGAACACGAAAUUUGUUCCAGGUCACCAGUCUAAGCCCUCUACUGCUUCGUCCUUGCGAAACCCUGUUUCAAUUUCUACUUCAGGUGGCCGACCUGUUCUUUCUGAUGAACCAGACGAAGCCGAUAGCCCUGAAGAACCGGAUUCCCCAGAUUCUCUUACUGGUCAUCCUCUUCCUGCGGUUCCUGUGCCUGCAGAUCCUGUGGAGGAUGACGAUGGUUCUACAAAUUCUAUUCGUACCGAGCGUAAGUCAAGCAUUGUUGCUCCAACUCCGAGCGUGCCUACGACAUCUCCACCUCCGAUUCCAGUGUUUCCUGUGAAUUCUGAGCCGAAAAUUCCUUCAGUUUCGCCUCCUCCUGUUCCCAAUGUCAAGUCUGAAGGAUCCCGUCAUGAAUCGUCCAACUCUCCUUCUGCGCCGAUACCCGAGACCAAUCAGAAUUCUCUGACCCAGGAUAUUACACAAUUAGGAAACAAUAUGCGUUUGCCUACAAGGCUCGUUCGUCCUUCUUCUACUGGGAGAAAAGCAUCGGGUCCUCGUCCAGUAGCGCCUCCUUCCAUACCACCUCCACCCCCUGUUUCUGUGAACAAAACCGAGGCAUCGAAAGGUCCAGUACUACCAGCUCCAGCUUCGUCUCCUCCGGUUCCUCCGCUCGGUGGUCAUCAGGCUCCUCCUGCUCCGUCUACGGUUCUACCCCCGGUGCCUCCGCCUACGGGUGAUAUGCCACCUGCGCCAGUAUCUCCUUUUUCUUCACAAGAUGUUAAGAGUGUAUCAAGUACGAGUAUUUCACAAAUCUCAGAACCCAACAAUCAGGAAAUAAGUCCUACUGCUAUACCACAAAGUAACGAUUCCAUUUCAAGAAAUUCGAUUUCAUCUAUGUCUACACGCCAAGCCCCUGAUGUCAAUCCUCCUCCUCUCAUUCAGAGAUCAUCACAAAAGUCAAUAAGGUCUACCGCUUCUGUUAAACGACCUUCUAUUGUUGCUACAAAUGGUCCAUUCAGUGAUGCUUAUGUUGCUAAGAUUGUAGAUACCUGUGCUGAACAGAAAUGGUGGCUUGACUCUAACACAGUUCCCAAGUCCGUAGUGGAUUUGGGAGAUUCUGUUUUGUACAUGAUUAGGGAAGGUACGACUGGUCCAAACAAACAUUUCAAGUCUAUACACAUCUUAUUUCAUGACUAUAGUCAGACGGUUUUGACCUCCACUUUUAAUCCUGCUACGCACUAUGUAACUCAACUUUCACAACUACAAUUGGCCCCUCCAGCGCAACCAUCUAAGGAACGUCUUGCCCAAGAAUUUGAAUGCUACGGUAACUCUAUACUGAGGAAAGCAAAAGCUUCUCAGGGGCUUACUGUUGGAGAUGGUAGUGCAUUCUCAUUUGUGAGUUCUGUACUUGAUAAUCUUACUCAAAACAUCGAGCCUAUAAAUAAGCGUACUUUCGGUGCUAUCGUGUAUGCUAAUGAAUCAAAUGUUACUAUUCAACAAAAUGGUGAGAUCAAACCUGGAGAUAUCGUAACCUUUGAGAACGUUAAAUUGAGCGGCCAGAAAGGAACGCUUCGUCACAAAUACGCUUUUGAAGUAGGAAGGCCAAUUCAUAUUGGCAUCGUUGCUGAGUGGGAAGUUUCAAAGAUGAAGAUACGCUCUUUAGAACAGGGACGUGAGUCGAAGAAGGUUUCAUUAGUUAGUUAUAAGCUUGGUGAUUUGAAGAGUGGUAAAAUAACAGUUUGGCGAACAAUGCGACGAUCCUGGUUAGGCUGGAAUUAGAAACAAGCCAUCCUUCGUCAACUUUAAAGCGUUUAUUUUUGGAUGAUUUACGUUCAUUUUAUGCAUUUUUUUAUUCUUCGAUAAUUGACUUUAAGAGUCCUUAUCAUACAUAUGAUACCUGACUACAUUUAUUUACUUAUAUUAUAACGAGUGGUAUUUUAAAUUUAUGUUGAGACAUUAGUGAUGUAUUAAGUUUUACAAAUCUAUCAAGUUGUAUGUUCUAAUGCACAUAAACAUAAUGAAGUUG